AUGUAUCAGUUUCCCAGGGCUGCUGUACCAAAGCACCAUGAAACGUUCGGCUUAAACAACAGAAACUUAUUCUCUUACAGCUCUGGAAGCCGGGUGGCCAGAACCAGUUUCACGGCUGCACUCAGGCGCCAGAAGGGCCCCCCUGCGUGGAGACUCGGGCGAACCCCACUCCCCGCCUCCCCCGGCUUCCGGAGGCCGCCCGCAUCCCUUGGCUUGUGGCCGGCGAGGUGGCUGCAGUUUCAAGAAUGCGACUGCGCAUGCGGCAUUAGCGCCCCGCCUGCUGUGGUCCAGAUGACCAGCCCCGCGGCAAUCCAGACGUUGGCUCCGCGGGCCGUCUUUACGCUGCGGUCUCACCUCCCAAACACCCCUUGCAGCCACGCCCUUCAAUGGACUCUUAAAUUAGUAACACCUACAAAGAUCAUUAUCCCAGAGAAGGCCGAAUUCACAGGAUCUAGGGUCUGGGGUAGGAUAUCUUUGGGGGAAUCUUCGGGAGAUGAAUCCCUGUCUGAAGGGGCUAGCCUCAGAUCGGCAGGAAGAAAAGUUCCAGGAUCUGCCAAACAUCCAAGUGAGAAAAUUGAGGAAGGGCUGAGGGGACCUCCCACUGCAGAUACAGGAGGCCCCAGCCCCGCCCUUGCUGUCACCCCUGGGAAGCCCCAGAAAAGCUUCCCUGAUGUGAUGUUUCCUUACUUCCACAUUAGGAAUCUGAGGAAGGUGAAGCUUAGUUGCAGGGUUGUGACGUCAGAUCAGCAGAGGAAGGAGUCCCAGGCACUGCCAAAGCGUAAAGGUGAGGAACCUGAGGAAAGACUAAGGAAACUUUUCUGUGUAGACAGAGAGGGUCUCACCUACCAACAUCUGACAUCAGGCAUUCGCUCACCCUAUUGUCAGCCUCAGGAACUGGGAGGUGAGGGCCUUGGUCUGAGGCAUGUGUCCUCAGGCCAGCCUGUCAGAGAGACCCCGGCAGUACCAGAAGUCCAGAAGGGGGAGGGCCGCAAGCUUGAGGAAGGCCUUCAGGCCCCAAGUGAGGCACAGGGCUUGGCAGGUUUGCAGGUUCCCGUGGCUGAGGAGGAAGGCGCCAUGGCCACCACUGCCCCCUCCCUCUCUCCUUUGACCCCAGGCACUCGAGAGGAGGUGCCUGCCACUGGGAUACUGAGGCUUGGCCAGACUUCCCAGAGGGCCUGCUCCUCCAAUGCUGCCAUCGCAGCCACUCCAUCAAGCAAGUCAAAUGAGGGCUCUGGCACCCAAGAAGAGGGCCCACGCACCUCACAGGCUCCACCAAAUCCUGAAGUGCUACAAAAUAAGGUGUCCAAAUUGGUGCACUAUCUGAGUAUCAGGUACGUAGCAAAGGAGCCCAUCACAAAGGCAGAAAUGCUGAAGAGUGUCAUCAAAGAACAUAAGGAUCACUUCCCUGUGAUCUUCAAGAAAGCCGGUGAGUGCAUGGAGAUUGUCUUUGGCAUUGGUGAAGUGGACGCCACCAGCGAUUCCUAUGUGCUCGUCAAAUUACUAGACCUCACCUCCGAUGGGAUGCUGAGUGAUGACCAGGGCAUGCCCAAGACCGGCCUCCUGAUAUUCAUCUUGGGCAUAAUCUUCAUGGAGGGAAACCGUGCCCCAGAGGAGAGAAUCUGGGAAGUGUUGAAUACGAUGGGAGUUUAUGCUGGGAAGAAAGAUUUCAUCUACGGGGAGCCCAGGAAGCUCAUCACCGAAGAUCUAGUGCAGGAAAACUACCUGCAGCACCGGCAGGUGCCCAACGGUGACCCUCCGCGCUACGAGUUCCCGUGGGGUCCAAGAGCCCAUGCUGAAACCUCCAAGAUGAAAGUCCUGAAGUUUUUCACCAGGGUCACUGGGACUGACCCCACUUCCCUCCCAAACUGGUAUGAGGCAGCUUUGAGAGAUGAGAGCGAGCGAGCCCAGGCUGAAGUUGCCUUGGAUGGUGCUAUUGCCACGGCCAAUGCAAGUGCCAGCGUCAAGUCCAGCAGCCCCUCCUGUCCUGAGUGA